UGAAAACCAAACACCUGGCUUCUAGCACCGCCGCCGACAGUGGGUAUAUAAUUUCCACUGACGCAGCAAGAGCUAUACUCACGGAGUUAUUAAGAAAUGGUUAACAUGAGCUACGCUUUGAGUAUAAUUGUGCUGUCGUUGGUGAUGGCGUCAGUAAACGCCUCCCUCAUCUUCGACGCCGCCGAGGUGAAGGCAACCCCUGGGGAAUCGCUUACUCUCUCUUGCGGUGUCAAGCAAGAAUUCAGUUUCUGUAUCUGGGACCAUGAGAAUGGCAGGAGUUUCCAGGCCACGGCUGUCCACAAAGGCGUUCAUCCAGGGAUGAGAGCGCCUGAGGACCUAACAGACAAUCAGUGCGGUAUCGUUAUAGACUCUGUAAGCAUUGAGGACUCUGGAGAGUGGACGUGCAGAGUGUUCCUUGCUGACGGCCGUGAAUUACGUGGUAUCAAGACACUCGCAGCAUGUCACUCCCCCUUCGUAAUUGUUGGCAACGAGUGCUUAUACUUCCACGAGGGUUAUAUGAACUGGAAUGAUGCCAAAGACUACUGCAGGAGCCUGAGCAGUUCAGAAUACAACUCAGAUCUGGCAACAGUGGACAGCUGUGAGCAACUUGGUGAUAUUCAUCAACACAUCCUCUUGGAAUAUAGCCCACUGUGGCACUGGAUAGGUGGCACUGAUUCAUAUGAAGAAAGCGACUGGCACUGGUUAACCGGUGAUACUGUACCUGUGAGUACCCCAUUCUGGUAUCCUGGACACCCUCUGCUUAAUACAACUCUGAACUGCUUGGCCCUGCAGCAAUACACAGGGUAUUUUUUUGAUUACAGUUGCACUUCUCACGGACCCUUCAUCUGCGAGGAAUUUUCCGUCGCUACCUGAAAUAAAUAAUGGAGACAUUGUAAAUUAUUAGCCAAUUAAAACAGGAUAAUAAAGAUUGAAGUAUAUUCUCACAUAUAUGCAUUAAUGCACUAAUUGCUUCUUUCAAAACAUUACUGUUUCAAUCUAUUUAUGGGAAUAAAUAUAUAUAAAACUGCA